AUGGGGGCCGAGCAGUGCCUCCCCAGGUCGUUUGAGGGCACCCCGUCCGCCUCGCGAUGCCACAUCACCGCAGCCUGCAACCCGCUCGCCGCCUUUUCGACCAAAUCCCAGCCAUCAAUCACCUGCCUCUGCCAAAGUCCUUCGACCAUCACUCCACCCAUCAUAUCCACCACAAUGCCUUCCCACGUCGCCACUCCGAUCGCCGCGCCCAUCCCGAUCCCGGCCCCGCGCCGGAAUCUGGGCCUGAUCACUACCCAGGAGCUGUUUGCCAGCCUCAACGCAACCUUGGCGUCCAAGAUGGACGAGCUUGUCACGCCCAUCCACCACAUCCGGGAGAGCGACUACUCGGUACCGGCCCCGCCUCCGCCGAGCCCCGUCAGCUUCCGGGACCACUGGCCCGCGUCGAUGCGCCGCUGA